AUACGUCAUCAUUGUGCGACGUUGCGUGCGGGACUGUGUGAAGGACGGCGGUGAAAUACUCGUAAUGAAAUAAGUGAAAUAGUCAGGAUCUCAUCAUGGCGGUGUUUCAUUUAACUCGAGCACUGCGUUCCCUGACUCUCUCCCAGCCUGCUUUGCUCUCCUCGCAGGUGGUCUCUCAGCUGAAGCUGGGAACUCUGGGACCCGGGACAGUCGGCCAGUGCAGAGGUUUCCUCACCACAGCCUCUCUGGAACUGAACAGGGUGAACUGGAAGGAGAAGAAGAAGUACACCAUAAAGCCGAUAGGGAUAAACAAAACCGGAGGCAGAGAUCACACAGGAAGGAUAAAAAUCCGUGGAAUCGGUGGCGGCCACAAACAAAGGUACAGAUGGAUAGACUUCCAACGGCUGCGUUACGAACCCGGCAAAGAGGACCGACCUUUCGAAGAGAAGGUGGUUGAGGUGCGAUACGACCCGUGCAGGUCGGCUGACAUUGCCCUGAUAGCAGGCGGGAACCGCAAAAGAUGGAUCAUUGCUACAGAGAACAUGCAGGCCGGAGACCUCAUUAAAACAUCUGCUGUUAUCGGACGCAUGGCAGUGGCAGCCAAUGAGGGGGACGCCUACCCACUGGGGGCUCUUCCUGUGGGGACGCUGGUGAACAACCUGGAGCUCCAACCCAUGAAGGGGUCAGAGUUCAUACGGGCUGCAGGCACGAAUGGCGUUUUGCUCCGUAAAAUAAACGGAACGGCAAUCGUUCAGCUUCCGUCAAAGCAGCAGGUUCAGGUGCGGGACACCUGCAUGGUCACGGUGGGACGCGUCUCCAACGUAGACCACAACAAACAGCACAUCGGCAAAGCCGGCCGCAACCGGUGGUUCGGCGUGCGCCCGUCGAGCGGCUUGUGGAAGAAGAAAGGUGGCUGGGCAGGAAGGAAGAUCAAACCGCUGCCUCCCAUGAAAAGUUACGUCAACCUGCCCACGAGCUCCACCAAGUGACGCCGCUCGUGAUGCUUUGGUUGUUGGAAUAAAAGACGAGUUGUUUGUACAGAAGAUUAAAAACUUUUAUUAAAGACAACUGCUUGUGAGA